UCGAGUAAUGAAAAUGACUGGAAUGACCAUUAUCUUCAUUUCGGCAACGGUUCUGGCAGUGAGUGGAAAAACCUUUAAUAAGUGCGAACUGGCAAAGGAAUUAGCAAGACACGGCGUAGCCCAUGGUGAUAUUGCUAAUUAUGUCUGUAUGGCAGAACAUGAGUCGGGAUUUAACACACACAUAAGAAGUGCUGCAAAUUCUGAUGGAACACACGACCAUGGAAUUUUCCAGAUAAAUGAUUUUUGGAAUUGUGAUCCUCAAAUUGGACUUCCCACCAUGAAUGGCUGCAAUCAUCCCUGCUCGGAUUUCAGAAAUGACGAUAUAUCUGAUGACAUCAGGUGUGUACAACAGCUGAAGAGAGAACAUCAUGGAUUUGGAUUUUCUUAUGCCUGGAGAGACUACUGUCAGCACAUAGACUCGAACUAUCUCAGAGGAUGCUCUUAUUAAGAGGAUUUCAUCUAUCACUCCUCUGAAAUAUAUUUAUGUCAAAUACUGUACCUAGAAUAUGUUC